CAGCGCGGCGCACGGAGAGACGCCCACAGACGCUCAAAGCUAACGCACAGAAUGCGCAGAUAGGGACCAAUUUGUGUCAGUCUCGUUCUGUAAAGAUUAGACAAGAGCAGCAGCAGUGCAGACGCGGUAGCAGUAGAAGAAGGAGUAGCAUACUAUAAGGAAGGAAAAAGACUAGAUAACCACACAGCUCUCUCUCUCUGAAAAAGGUGGAUUUGCCUUCCUUUUUCCUCCUCUUCCUCGAAUCCAGAUAUGAAGUGAAGGUUAAAAUGUUCUGAGCUUCUGUCAAACCUCGGGAGUUCCGUUGGUCCGUUCACAGGUAGACUAGUAUCGACAAACCGAUACAGACAACGCGAACACGUACAUUUGUUGUUGUACUGAAAGCAAAACCGGAGGAUUCGAGAACGGAGUGAUAUCGGCCAGGAUCUCUUUCCCAUCUCCAACCGUCGAGAUGAAUACCAACGAUGCUAAGGAGUAUCUCACCAGGCGGGAGAUACCUCAACUGUUUGAGAGCCUGUUGACAGGGUUGAUGUACUAUAAACCAGAGGACCCUAUAGACUACCUGGAGGUGUGUCUAAAGAAAGUGAGGGAGCUCGGGGGACCAGACAGGGUCCGUUGGGACACAUUCGUCGGCCAGGAGAAGAAGUCCCUUCCCCCCCUCAACGGAGGACAGUCACGUAGGUCCUUCUUCAGAAACGUGCUCCCAGACAGUCCCAACUUCCCAUACCGCCGCUACGACCGUCUCCCUCCCAUCAGCCAGUUCUCCAUUGAGAGUGAUUCAGACCUGUCGGAGACCGCUGAACUCAUCGAGGAGUACGAGGUGUUCGACCCCUCCAGACCACGACCCAAAGUCAUCCUCAUCAUCGGAGGGCCAGGCAGUGGUAAGGGGACCCAGAGUCUGAAGAUAGCAGAGUGCUAUGGGUUCCAGUAUGUCUCAGUAGGAGAGCUGCUCAGGAAAAAGAUGAUUCAUAACGCCACCAGCAACAGGAAGUGGAGUCUCAUCGCCAAGAUCAUCACCAAUGGGGAGCUGGCACCUCAGGAGACCACCAUCACUGAGAUUAAGCAGAAGAUCAUGAAGAUUCCAGACGCCAGUGGGAUUGUGAUUGAUGGGUUUCCUCGUGAUGUGGGACAGGCGCUUUCUUUUGAGGACCAGAUCUGUACUCCAGACCUGGUCGUGUUCCUGUCCUGUGCUAACCAUCGUCUGAAGGAGCGCCUGGAGAAGCGUGCAGAGGCGACGGGUCGUCCUGACGACAACCCCAAUGCAACGGAGCGGCGCCUCACCAACUUCAAACAGAACACCAUCCCCUUGGUCAAAUACUUCCAGGAGAGGGGACUCAUCGUCACGCUGGAUGCAGACCGAGACGAGGAGGAAGUGUUUUGUGACAUCAGCAUGACGGUGGACAACAAGCUGUUUCCCUCCAAACAACCCGUCGCUGGCCCCAGUGAGCUGGAUCUCAGUCUCCUAGGAGACAGUACUAGUCUGGUAGACGUCCCAUUCAGAAAUGAAGAGCAGGUUGAAGAGGAGGAGGAAGAGGAAGAGGAGGAAAUGGGGUAUGCCGAAGGGACUGCAGAGAGUUAUCCUACAGACAGGAAGAAACCUAAGGUUGUCUUUCUGAUGGGUGGGCCGGGCUCGGGGAAGGCUGUGCAGUGUGAGAGGAUGGAGGAGAGGUUCGGACUGCGUCGUCUGUCCCCUGGUGACAUCCUGUGUUCUGAACUACAGUCUCAUAGUGAGAGAGGACGUUACCUACAAGACCUGCUGGAGAGGGGGGAGACGCUACCUGAGGACACGAUGCUGGAGCUGCUAUGUGAGUCUGUGACGUUGUCUCUGCGGCACGGGAGGGGCGUACUCAUAACCAACUUCCCCCGAGACCUACGACAAGCUCUGGAGUAUGAAGCUAAGAUGGGGGAGCCCAGUGCUGUGAUGCUGUUGGACUGUUCCCCUGACACAAUGUUCUCCAGGCUGCAGUGUCCUGUCCUGUCCCGCUCCGCCCCCCAAUCCACAGGCUGCCACCGAGACAGACACACCAGCAGGAGGGUCGAGGGAUUCGCCAGCAACUGCCAACCUGUGACAUCACACUAUCAACCCAAGAGGCUCCUACACAAGAUUGAUGCAGAGAGAACUCCUGAAGAGGUGUUUGCUCAGAUCUGUCAGGCCAUGGACUCCUGCUAGAGGAACCCGCCCAUCUCUACAUCAUCACUACCAUCGCCCCAGAGGUCUAACUACUACCACCGCCCCGCCCCAGAGGUCUAACUACUACCACCGCCCCGGAGGUCUAACUACUACCACCGCCCCGGAGGUCUAACUACUACCACCGCCCCGGAGGUCUAACUACUACCACCGCCCCGGAGGUCUAACUACUACCACCGCCCCGGAGGUCUAACUACUACCACCGCCCCAGAGGUCUAACUACCACCACCGCCCCAGAGGUCUAACUACUACCACCGCCCCGGAGGUCUAACUACUACCACCGCCCCGGAGGUCUAACUACUACCACCGCCCCGCCCCAGAGGUCUAACUACUACCACCGCCCCGGAGGUCUAACUACUACCACCGCCCCGGAGGUCUAACUACUACCACCGCCCCGCCCCAGAGGUCUAACUACUACCACCGCCCCGGAGGUCUAACUACUACCACCGCCCCGGAGGUCUAACUACUACCACCGCCCCGCCCCAGAGGUCUAACUACUACCACCGCCCCAGAGGUCUAACUACUACCACCGCCCCGGAGGUCUAACUACUACCACCGCCCCGGAGGUCUAACUACUACCACCGCCCCAGAGGUCUAACUACUACCACCGCCCCGGAGGUCUAACUACUACCACCGCCCCGGAGGUCUAAGUACUACCACCGCCCCAGAGGUCUAACUACCACCACCGCCCCCAGAGGUCUAACUACUACCACCGCCCCAGAGGUCUAACUACUACCACCGCCCCAGAGGUCUAACUACUACCAUCGCCGCGGAGGUCUAACUACUACCACCGCCCCAGAGGUCUAACUACUACCACCGCCCCAGAGGUCUAACUACUACCACCGCCCCAGAGGUCUAACUACUACCACCGCCCAGGAGGUCUAACUACUACCACCGCCCCGGAGGUCUAACUACUACCGCCCCGGAGGUCUAACUACUACCACCGCCCCAGAGGUCUAACUACUACCACCGCCCCAGAGGUCUAACUACUACCACCGCCCCGGAGGUCUAACUACUACCAUCGCCGCGGAGGUCUAACUACUACCACCGCCCCGGAGGUCUAACUACUACCACCGCCCCAGAGGUCUAACUACUACCACCGCCCCAGAGGUCUAACUACUACCACCACCCCGGAGGUCUAACUACUACCACCGCCCCGGAGGUCUAAGUACUACCACCGCCCCAGAGGUCUUACUACUACCACCGCCCCAGAGGUCUAACUACUUCCACCGCCCCAGAGGUCUCACUACUACCGCGGGCCCGGAGGUCUAACUACUACCAUCGCCCCGCCCCGGAGGACUAACUACUACCACCGCCCCAGAGGUCUAACUACUACCACCGCCCCCAGAGGUCUAACUACUACCAUCGCCCCGGAGGUCUAACUACUACCACCGCCCCGGAUGUCUAACUGCUACCACCGCCCCAGAGGUCUAACUACUACCACCGCCCCAGAGGUCUAACUACUACCACCGCCCCGGAGGUCUAACUACUACCACCGCCCCGGAGGUCUAACUACUACCACCGCCCCGGAGGUCUAACUACUACCACCGCCCCGGAGGUCUAACUACUACCACCGCCCCCAGAGGUCUAACUACUACCACCGCCCCGGAGGUCUAACUACUACCACCGCCCCAGAGGUCUAACUACUACCACCGCCCCCGGAGGUCUAACUACUACCACCGCCCCAGAGGUCUAACUACUACCACCGCCCCGGAGGUCUAACUACUACCACCGCCCCGGAGGUCUAACUACUACCACCGCCCCGGAGGUCUAACUACUACCACCGCCCCCAGAGGUCUAACUACUACCACCGCCCCGGAGGUCUAACUACUACCACCGCCCCGGAGGUCUAACUACUACCACCGCCCCAGAGGUCUAACUACUACCACCGCCCCAGAGGUCUAACUACUACCACCGCCCCGGAGGUCUAACUACUACCACCGCCCCGGAGGUCUAACUACUACCACCGCCCCCAGAGGUCUAACUACUACCACCGCCCCGGAGGUCUAACUACUACCACUGCCCCGGAAGUCUAACUACUACCACCGCCCCAGAGGUCUCACUACUACCGCGGGCCCGGAGGUCUAACUACUACCAUCGCCCCGCCCCGGAGGACUAACUACUACCACCGCCCCAGAGGUCUAACUACUACCACCGCCCCCAGAGGUCUAACUACUACCAUCGCCCCGGAGGUCUAACUACUACCACCGCCCCGGAUGUCUAACUGCUACCACCGCCCCAGAGGUCUAACUACUACCACCGCCCCAGAGGUCUAACUACUACCACCGCCCCGGAGGUCUAACUACUACCACCGCCCCGGAGGUCUAACUACUACCACCGCCCCGGAGGUCUAACUACUACCACCGCCCCGGAGGUCUAACUACUACCACCGCCCCCAGAGGUCUAACUACUACCACCGCCCCGGAGGUCUAACUACUACCACCGCCCCAGAGGUCUAACUACUACCACCGCCCCCGGAGGUCUAACUACUACCACCGCCCCAGAGGUCUAACUACUACCACCGCCCCGGAGGUCUAACUACUACCACCGCCCCGGAGGUCUAACUACUACCACCGCCCCGGAGGUCUAACUACUACCACCGCCCCCAGAGGUCUAACUACUACCACCGCCCCGGAGGUCUAACUACUACCACCGCCCCGGAGGUCUAACUACUACCACCGCCCCAGAGGUCUAACUACUACCACCGCCCCAGAGGUCUAACUACUACCACCGCCCCGGAGGUCUAACUACUACCACCGCCCCGGAGGUCUAACUACUACCACCGCCCCCAGAGGUCUAACUACUACCACCGCCC